AUGUCCAUGCAGUGCCAGGAGCCCUCAGAGAAGGGCGAGACAGGGACCCAGAGCCGGCGGGGCAGCCCGGGUGCGGCCGAGGAGCCGCCCCCCGAAGAGGCGCGCCUGGCCCACGCCCUGCGGGAACUCCGGGAAGCUGGUUGGUACUGGGGACGCCUGACGGUUCUGGAAGCCAAUGAGAAAUUAAAAGAGACCCGAGAAGGAACUUUCUUGAUUCGAGACAGUUCGCAUUCAGGCUACCUCCUAACCAUAUCCGUCAAAACAUCAGCUGGACCAACUAAUCUGCGCAUUGAAUACCAAAAUGGGACGUUCAGGUUGGACUCUUUCGUCUGUGUCCAGUCCAGGCUUAAGCAGUUUGAAAGUGUGGUUCAUCUGGUUGACUACUAUGUUCAGAUGAGCAAGGAGAAGCGGACAGACCCUGAAGCCCUCGGCACCGGUAAUGUCCACCUUUACCUGACCCAACCGCUCUACAUGUCUACGCCACCGCUGCAGCAUCUCUGUAGACUGACCAUUAACAAAUGUACCAGCACCAUCUGGGAACUGCCUUUACCAACAAGACUCAAAAAUUACUUGGAAGAGUAUAAAUUCCAGGUAUAA